UCUAGCGGGGAUUUUCGGAACACCUAACCGCAUUUCCGGUGACUUUUGGAACAUAUCCUAAAUAAAUAAUAGAAAUAUAGAAAUGUAGUGAAAUUGGAUGAAUUAUUCAGCGAUGGAUAGUUAUUUAUAGUGGAUCGUUUUUGAAUCAAUCAGUGUAUUUAGGGAUUGUAAUAUUGAUUUGCUUUUAUUUUUUGCCAAAAUGGAUAAUGUGGGAGCUGAAGUUGGUCAAAAAAUGAGGUCAGCUAUAAAGGCCAAACUCCUUGAGCUGAAUUGUUAUGUGGAUGAUGAGUUGCCUGACUAUAUCAUGGUUAUGGUGGCAAAUAAAAGGAGCAAAUCCCAAAUGAAUGAAGACCUGAACUUAUUUCUAAAUACAAAAACCUCUACUUUUGUGGAAUGGUUACAUAUUGUCUUGAAAAAAUUGAAGGAAGUAACAGUAACAAAUCCAGAAGUCUACAAAAAGGUGGCAAGAAGAAAAUCUAGUGAUCAACCUGAUGCAAAAGUUAAAAAAGAAAAGAAGGAUAAGAAUAAAUCUUCUGAGAAAGUAGAUGAGAACAUCAAAGAAGAGAAGGAUGCAAAUGAAUCUUUAACAGAUAAUUUACCAGUCAGUGCAAACAGGUUAUCAGAGCAAAGGAAAAUAACAAUUCUUCACUCAGAAACUAGAAAUGAAGAUAAUGUUGAUGAAUUUGAUAUACCUUUACUUUCAGCAGUGAAUACAUCCACUGAGAAAGACUUGGAAGAUAUUGAGAGAAAAAUAAAGAAUGUCAAAAGUAGACUGGGCAUUCUAGUGGAUAGUGAAUUGGAAGCAGAGAUACAGAAGAUCAAAUCUGAGCAAGAUAAACUAGAAAAAGAAAAAAUCCAGCAAAACAGCAUCAAUGAAGAAUUUGCAAGUCAAAGAAUCGUUGAAUUGCAGACUGAUGAUGACAAUGAAUUGCCCACCCAGGCAGAAGAACCACAAGAGGCAUUCUCAACUCCUCCCAGAUUAACCCUCACAACAGAGCCGGAAAUGGAACCCAGUUUCACACCCGAAAAGAACCGGAAAUACACGCCGAUCACCUUUGAAGAGAAAUCACCCCCGAAAACUCCAAAAAGGGUGUCAGUUUUGGACAGGUUGGGAAAGAGGGCCAAUGAUGAUGAUUCAAGGCGGAACAGAUUGAACAUUUCAGAGUUCAGGAAAGAUGAGUCUUUCAUGAGGUACCCUAGAGAAAAUGGGUCUGAUAGAAAUAGGGAUAGAGAUGAUAAUAGAAGGUACAAAAAAGAUAGAAGAAGGAUAGAUGAUAAAGGAGUAGAAGAGAGAAUUAGAGAAAGAAAAACAUCCACAAAGAGAAGACAUUCACCAGUGGUGGAUGCUAGAUCAGAAGUUAAAAAAGCAGAAAAUAAAAGUGCACUCAGUAGAUUAGGAGUAAUGUCGAAAAUCCACGUGCCCCAAAAAGAAGCUGAAGUUUCUGAACCCGAGGAUGAACUGAAAACUAGAGAAGUCCGCAGCAUGGUUCAGGUGAAACCUAGAGUGUUGCCUGCAGAUAGCCAACAACCGAAUAAAAAUUUAUUGUUGAAAGCUGUGGCAGAGGCACACAGAAGUGUGGCACAGGCUGCCAGAGUUGGGAAUAGGCAGUUUGAAAGGGGUACAAAGAGAAAAUUUGAGGAUGACAAGGAUGAUAAUGUACCUUACACUCGAAAGUUAUCCCAGAGUGAGAAACAAAAACUCAGAAAUCUAAUUUUGGCACAAGUAUCUCUGGAGUCCAGUGACAGCGAAUUGGAAGACAAAGAAUAUGUGCCAAAACCAUUAAAGAAAGUAUCUGUGGAAACACCUAAAUAUGUGCCCUCUUCCAGAAAAUCUGUAGAAGGUUCUGGAACAGACGACAAGGAGCCUGAAAAACAGGCACGAGUAACACUUGAGGGUUUCGAAAAAAGACUUGGAGUUGUUAAAGAUCAAAAAAAUAAUAACAUUGAAGUUGUAGAAUCGGAACAAUUAUCUACGACGAGACCAUCAGCUAAAUCCAGACUAGAAGGGAGACGAUCUCCAUCUCCUAUCAUAUUUGAUAAAAUCAAAAUAAAAGUUAGUAACAUUUCACUAAAAAAGGAACCAAACGUCCCCGACAAACUACCCGUCGUGCACACCCCUCUCUCCAUCAAGAACAAGGAGCGCUGCAAAUACUGGCCCAGCUGCCGCCAGAGCGACAAAUGCGAGUUCGUCCACCCGAGCAGGACCUGCGAAACCUUCCCCAGCUGCAAAUUCGGCGACAAGUGCAUCUAUCUGCAUCCGAGCUGCAAGUUCGGCUCGUCCUGCACCAAACGAGGCUGCCCUUACAGCCACGCGGGCGGCUCUUAUAGCCUCGCGGGCGGCCCUGCGCCCCUGGGAAAGCUGCCCGUGGCGAAGCCGAGCGUGUGCAAGUUUUUCCCCAAGUGCAUAAAUAUUAAUUGUCCGUUUUUUCAUCCGAGGAUGUGCAGGUUCGGGAAGUUUUGCAAGAAUUUGGGGGAGUGCAGCUUUGUGCAUGCGGGGGUUGUCAGUAAGGGUAGUCUCACUUGGAGGCCCAAGUGA